ACAGUCGCGAGAAAAGGUUUUGGAGUAGGGUGUGUUUCUUUGCGUUUUAGGUUUUAGUUCGUUGAUUUGUUAUCAAAAUUAGUCUAAAGUUAAAAUUAUAAAUAGUGUAGCGACUACUCUGACCUAAUAUAAUCUUCGAGUUCAUUACAAUCUGUGUAAAUAGUGAGAAUUUUAGUUGCAUAUAAUAUUGCUUUGUGAUGAGUUUAUUUUAAAAAACCUUUAACUACUUUGGUGUAAUCAACAAUCUUAAAUCAUGUACUUUAUGUAUAGCGACUAUUGUGUUUUCCUAAUCGAAUCAUUCAAGAAAACGGAGAAUGGAUGUAACUAACAAUCUGCCCCGUACAUUAUGUCGUCUCCGUGCCAGAAAGGUGGAAUGCGCCUAAGCGAGGCCUUAGAUAACAUACAGCUCGCGUAUAAUCCAAUUACAAAACAACUACAUUUCGUAAGCCCCCGAACUGAGAAGUCUACGGAAAGUGAUGAUGUUGAUAAGUUGUCCAAAAAGAGUAGCUUCAGUGAUGAGGGAAACUUCUCGAUUUCCACCUGUGAGAAAAGUGACACUAGUGAAACAAGUGAUUCUCCGAAGAGCACCUUGCAAUGGGGUGGGAGUGUGAGUGGUCAUAAGCGAGGGAAGGACGGUGGAUCCUUCUCCAGCACCGUCUCAAGUCUCUCCGAGUGUUCUCUCGGUUCUAACGAGUCCAAGGAUGACUUGGGAGAUGUGAAUGCAGUGAAUGAAGCCAAGUUGAAAAAGAAAGGAUUAUCCAGUUUCUUUAGCAGAGGCGUGUUCCCUUGGAAGAACAAGACGCAAGAGUCCUCCAGCAGUUGGAAGCUCUUCGGCAGCAAGUCCAACGGGAACCUCGCUAAGAUCACCACGGAAGUCCAGACCCUGACUCCCUCAUCGUCAGCGUCCAACACCCCAGCCCAUAAACGCCAGGGGAGUUCAGCCAGUGAGAAGCAGUUUGAUGACCUGGUUGCCAGUUCCAUAGCGCUGAUCCAGCAUGACAGACCAUCAAACCUCCCCGCCAAGUGUACCGAGGAGGCUCUCCGUCACAAGGCCGAGCAUGCGCGCAUGGUGGAGGCAGCCAGACGCAGAGUGGAGCGAGAAGCGGCCGCCAGACAUGCCAGGCUGCAAGAAUCACUGAGGUUGGAGGAGCGCCUAGCACGACAUGCGCGGGAGUGGACACAGAAUAUACUGCCUGAUUGGCAGAACACGAAGAAUUCCAAACGAACACUUGAGCUGUGGUGGAGUGGUCUGCCUCCAUCCAUCCGAGGGCGCGUGUGGCAACUAGCCAUAGAAAACAAACUACGGAUCGAGCCAGACAUGUACCAGGAAUUUGUAGCGAAAGCCAAGUUGAAGCUACACGAGGCCCAGCUUAGGCGAAAGAGGUUAAAAGUCAACCAGACCUGUGGUUGCCAAGCCCAGGAAGACCGAGUAUCCCUCAACGGAGAGACUGAACCAAGAUCUGAGGAAAAGCGUUCCAGCAUACCGAGGAAUUUCAGCGAGCAAAACCUGAAGGCAGUUGCCAGCGAACCGAAGAAGUGCUGUUCGAAAUCCAACCCUAAUCUCAUAGAGUAUAAUGACGAGUGUUCCAUGGAGUUGAUCCAGCUGGACAUUGCCCGGACUUUCCCCAACUUGUGCAUCUUCCAGCCUGGUGGGCCGUAUUUCGACGUGCUACAUGAGUUGCUGUCGGCGUAUGUUUGUUAUCGCCCCGACAUUGGAUAUGUGCAGGGUAUGUCAUUCAUCGCAGCGGUGCUAAUACUCAAUAUGGACGCGCCUCAGGCGUUUGUCUGUUUCGCGAACUUGCUCGACGGACCCGUGUUGAAGGCGGCAUUUACUAGAGACGGAGCUACCAUGCAGCGUCUCUGGUCAGCCUACGAGCGUCUACUAACGCGGCAGGUGGGCAGCGCGCCGGCUCCUGAACUAUAUUUACUGGAGUGGCUGUACACCGCGUUCGCUAAGGCCAUGCCGCUAGACGCGACCUGCCGAGUCUGGGACGUCUUCCUCAGGGAUGGAGACACUUUCCUGUUCAGGACUGCUCUCGGUAUCCUCCACCAUUACCAGGACGAGCUCAAAGAUAUGGACUUCAUAUCCGCCGCUCAGUUCCUCACCAAACUCCCAGAAGAUUUGGACCCUGAGGCGCUAUUCAAGAGCAUAUCUACCGUCAGCAUGACGUUAGACGGCAUGUCAUUUGAGGAGCUGGUCUCCGCGUGCCAUGUGGACUGUUCGGACGAGGAGGUCAGGUUAUGAUGGACGCUCGAUAUAAGAGCGAUACUACACGCGCUCCCUUUCAAAAUUCAAUUAUAGCAACGACGAUGAAAUAAAAAUUAGCACAUGAAUAAGCUGUACCAUGUUUUGUCCUUGUC